AUGCUGCCGCUGCUCCUCCCGGCACUGCUGGCCGCCUGCCUGCCGUUCUGCCAGGGCUGGAGCCCCUCGGCGGCUGCCAGCGGGCAGGAGGAACAGGAGCAGGAGCUCUUCUUGCCCCCUGCAAACUCCUCUUCCCGCUCCUUGGCCAGCCUCGAGAUGGACCUCGACGGGGCAGCGAGCAAGGAGGAAGGCAGCACCGACAUCCCAGGCACGCCGGCUGCCCCCAGCCAAGAGCCUUUCCCUUCCGCUGCCACCACCUCCGGGCAGGAACAGCCGGAGCAGGAGCAGCAGCAGCGUCCCCAGCCGCAGGGGCAGCCGCAGCCCGCCGAAGACCCGCACUGCAACAUCAGCGUGCAGCGGCAGAUGCUGAGCUCGCUGCUGGUACGCUGGAGCCGCCCGCUGGGCAUCCAGUGCGACCUCCUGCUCUUCUCCACCAACAGCCACGGGCGGGCCUUCUUCUCCGCCGCCUUCCACCGCGUGGGGCCGCCGCUCCUCAUCGAGCACCUGGGGCUGGCGGCCGGCGGCGCCCAGCAGGACUUGCGCCUCUGCGUAGGCUGCAGCUGGGUACGGAGCAGGCGGGUCGGGCGGCUGCGGGGCGCCGCGCCCCAGCCCCCCGCUGCCGCCGCCGCCGCCGCCUCCUCCUCCUCGCUUUCCUACCCGCCGGCGGCCGAGCCCGGCCAGUACUGGCUGCAAGGGGAGCCGCUGAAUUUCUGCUGCCUGGAUUUCAGCCUGGAGGAGCUGAAGGGUGAGCCGGGCUGGCGGAUGAACCGCAAGCCCAUCGAGUCCACGCUGGUGGCGUGUUUCAUGACUCUGGUCAUCAUCGUGUGGAGCGUGGCCGCCCUCAUCUGGCCCGUGCCCAUCAUCGCCGGAUUCCUGCCCAACGGCAUGGAGCAGCGCCGCGGCACCACCGCCGGCACCGCCACCGCCGCCGCCUCCAAGUAGCCUCUCCCGGUGACCCCCCUUCUCUUCGUCUUGUGCUGUGGAGGGACGCGGGACGGACUCUGUCGUGUUUUUCUUGUUUGCAGCGUGCAACAGAUUUUUGUUUUCAUUCCAGGAACCAAGAACAAUCUUGACAUUCAGCAUUAGAAGGUACUAUGCUUCUGUGCUAGUGUUAGACUGGUACAAUUGUUUUCUGUAUAUUUAGACCUCAGAAUUUGAUCUCUUGCCCAUUUUCUUAAUUAUGUUUCACAGAUGUGUUAGAAGCAGAAGUAUACAGAGGAAUAUGUAGUUUUAGCAUGGACACAAUUUUGCUGUUACCUAGUGCCACAUUGAUUCCAAUAACAAAACUACAAAAACGUAGUACAGUGUAAUAAUAGUUAUAUAUUAUGUAAGCACACUGUUGCUCAAUAGGUUUUCAGUAAGCAUUUCUGUAUGUCGGGAGGCAUUUGGAUAUUUGUGGCAGAAUUGCCAUACUAGGUUAAAUGUAAGAGUUGUUACUUAUCCAGGGCUUAGUUCACCAGUGCUUUUGAUGAUUAAUGCAACAGCAGGACUAUUCGUACAGUGAACGUUACUCAAUAUGAGUAAAGGCUACUGAACCAGACCCUAUAAAACCUAGUUAAAAGCUGUAGUUGGCUGAAUAACAUCAGAUGUCGUCAUCAUGACAUCCGCUUGCUGAAUAAAAGUAUCUCCAGGGCUGACAUUAUGUGGUCCUAGAGGCUGAACAGAAGCCUAGUGAAAUCAAAUAGUUAAUUGAAGUUUUGUAGGACUGGAGAGCAAAGGAUUUAUUUUGAAGAUAUAUAUAUAUAUAUAUUUUUUUAUAUAUAUAUAUAGAUGUAAGGGUAGGCAUGAUGCUUUUGUUCCUCUUUGGUUUUUAUACAUGUAGUUUAUAAAUCCAAAGCCAAGAUUUGUCAGUCCAAUGUGGGGCCUUGCCAGUUAGGAAGUUAGCUUCUUUCUGAAGCUAGUAUGAAAAUGUCAGUUAUUUCUCAAGGAAUUUUACAGAAGAAAUGUAAUUUUUUUUUUUCGAUCUAUUUCAGGGAGAGGCUUUGACUUUGCAAAAAAGCAUUUGUAAUGAUUCUGGAUAAACAUGUGAAUAUCAAAUCCCAAACGUAUUCAG